CCCCAUCUCCCUCAUUCCUUGUCCGACUGCCUUGGAAUCUGGAUCCCGUGUAAUUUAAAAGCAAGCUGUGCAUAAAGUGAGAGGGGCAGCGAAGAAGGGUUCGCGGGUGGGAAGAUGAAGCAGCAGCAGCAGCCACUGCAGAGGCUCAAUGCUCCACUGAGCUGCCGGCUCUUCUCCUCCAUUCUCAUCGCCCUCCUCGUCGCCCUCUUUCUCGUCGUCGUCUACUACGGCGCGUACUUCACCCCCGGUCUCCGCCUCACUGACGACUCCUCCGCUGACAGCUCCGAUCCCGUCUUCCGACCUCUCAUCCACCGCUCCUUCGACUCCUCGGUGGAUUCGUCUUUCUAUCCUCAUUUCCUGCGCUCUUUCCCGGUAUGCGACCAGAGAUUCUCGGAGCUGAUUCCUUGCAUGGAUCGUACCCUCAUCUACCAGCUUAAGCUUAAGCUGAAUCUAUCGGUAAUGGAGCACUACGAGCGGCACUGCCCUCCCCGCAACCGCCGCUAUAAUUGCCUCAUUCCUCCGCCUCAUGGUUAUAGAAUUCCAAUUAGAUGGCCCAUGAGCCGGGAUGAGGUCUGGAAGGCGAACAUCCCACACACCCACCUUGCAUUCGAGAAGUCUGACCAGCACUGGAUGGUUGUUCGCGGCGACAAGAUUAAUUUUCCCGGCGGUGGCACCCAUUUCCACACCGGUGCUGAUAAGUAUAUCGCCCACAUCGCUCAGAUGCUCAAGUUUCCGAAUGGUAACCUCAGCAAUGGGGGGAAUAUCCGCACCGUUCUGGAUGUGGGCUGUGGUGUUGCGAGUUUUGGAGCCUACCUUUUGCCUCUGGACAUCAUCGCGAUGUCUCUUGCGCCAAAUGAUGUGCAUGAGAACCAGAUUCAGUUCGCUCUUGAGAGGGGAAUUCCUUCAACGCUUGGUGUCUUGGGAAUAAUGAGACAACCAUUCCCGAGUAGGUCGUUUGAUAUGGCUCAUUGCUCACGCUGUAGGAUUGACUGGCUUCAGAGGGAUGGGAUACUAUUAUUAGAACUAGAUAGGAUUCUUAGACCUGGAGGAUAUUUUGUCUACUCGUCACCCGAGGCUUAUGCACAGGAUGAGAAGAACCAGAGAAUAUGGAAUUCAAUGAGUGAUCUUGCAAGGAAAAUGUGUUGGAGAAUAGCUUCAAAGAAAAAUCAGACAGUAAUUUGGGUAAAACCAUUGACUAAUGGAUGCUUCUCUAGGAGAGAUCCAGAAAUGAGGCCUCCCUUGUGCAGUUCGGAAGAUGACCCUGAUGCAGUUUGGAAUGUGCCCAUGAAAGCUUGCAUCUCACCCUACUCCAGGAGGGUGAAUAGGGCUAAAGGCAGCGAACUACUUCCAUGGCCUCAGAGGUUAACAGCACCACCUCCUCGUUUGGAAGAACUUGGUAUCUCUUCCGACAAAUAUCAAGAGGAUAACCUGAUAUGGCACAAGAGAGUGAUUCAGUAUUGGAAACAUUUGAGUUCUGAAAUACAUAAGAAUUCCAUUAGAAAUGUAAUGGAUAUGGGAGCAAAUUUUGGAGGUUUCGCUGCAGCUCUCGCAGAUAAAGAUGUGUGGGUUAUGAAUGUAGUUCCUGUUGAUGAAUCUAGCAAAUUGAAGAUCAUUUAUGAUCGAGGUUUAAUCGGAACGAUCCAUGACUGGUGCGAGUCGUUCUCGACCUACCCGCGCACCUACGACCUGCUCCAUGCCUGGUUCGUCUUCUCCGACGUAGAGCGGCAUGGCUGUAGUCUGGAGGAUCUGCUUAUUGAGAUGGAUCGAAUCUUGCGGCCGCACGGCUUCGUCAUCAUCAGAGACCAAUCCCUUACUGUAAAUUACAUUCGGAGGUAUCUCAAACCAUUGAGAUGGGACUAUUGGUCUUUUGAGUUCGAACCAGUUGUUGAUGCUCUUUCCAGAGGGGAUGAAAGGGUUCUAAUUGCCAGAAAAGCUCUUUGGAGGGAGAAAUCUGCAGCUCUGUAAAGACCUCCUCAUAGACUUCCAUGUCUUGUUUUUUUUUUUUUUUUAUAAGUUUUUGUAAUUUGGGAACCAUUGUUUUUGUUUUUGGUUUUGUUUUUUUAGA